AUGGAUUACACUGAAGGACACACACUCUUCCGUACAUUAAGGACACACAGAACUGAUGUAUAUUCUGAGUUCCUGCCUUACAUUCUCACUGAUGAACAGCUACACAAGCAUGGAUUUCCUGUUGAUUCUCCUAAUCACCUUGGACGAACAACUAUGUAUCGAGAAAAUAGAGCAACAGAUCCAACGCAACGUUGUUGCGUGCGUUGCAGAGACACUUUCUACAUAUUGGAUGAUGGAACUUACCAUUCGGAAACGUUAUGCCGUUUCCAUACUAAAAAAAACGUCUUCCAAUGGUGUUCCACAGCUGGAACAUAUGACUGCUGCUACGGCAAUUCUAUGUCUGAGGGAUUGUAUGCCCUAGAUUGUGAAAUGUGCUAUACCACGAGAGGCCUAGAAGUUGCGAAAAUAGGAAUAGUGGGCAUGGAUGGCUUAACGGUGUACGAAUCCUUUGUCCUACCAGAACAUCCGAUAUUGGAUUACAACACUGUAUACAGUGGGAUAACAGCCAAUGACCUGAGAGGUGUAUCAACUACAUUAGCUGAUGUGGAAACAUUUCUGUUAAAAUUGCUAAAUAAGAACAGCAUCCUUGUGGGUCAUGGCCUCGAGAAUGAUUUGAAGAUUCAGCUACAUUCCCAAACCGUCUCAGAGAGCUGUCAUCAUAUCAAAGAAUAUGAGAAGAAACCAGCAAAGUUUCAUAAAAUCAAAAUAUAA